AUGAGUUAUUUAGCUUAAUCAAGUCGAUUAACUGCUCUACUUAUUAGUCUAAAAAAUAAGAAAUUAAUAACUCCUGAUCAAUAUACACGUUUAUGUGAUUAUGCCAUCAACGAUAAUCCUGAAUUGAAAGCUCUUUUUAUGGAUUAUGAAAAGGGGUUGUCUUAAAAUGAUUUUUUAUCAGGAGUUUCAAUCAUACUCAACAAUAAGAAUGGAAGCGAACAUAUUAUUAAAUCUUAUUUGUACUCUUAUUAUAAAUAAAAUUAGUGAGUCUGUUGUUAGCAUCAAUUCACAAUUAAAAGAAAAUAUAAAAGAAUUUUAUCGAGAUAUUAAGGUAAUAGAUAAUUUUCAUAUCAAUUAUUUUCUAGACAAAUAUGAAUGAAAUUUACGAAGAAUGUUUUAAAGCCUAACAUCAUUUAUAAGAAAUUAAAGACUUAAUAAAAUUAGUCCUAAAGCAAUUUUAUGUGGAGGAAUUUUACCUAAUUCAAUUUGAAGAGGGACAUUAAUGUGUUAUUCUUACAAAUAAUUUUGAUUUCAGGUUCUUUAAAGAAGAAUACAAAAUUAGUUCUUGGGCUCAUAAAUAAAAUGCUCAUUAAUUAAAUAAUACAUAAACAGAACAUUAUUCAUUACUUAAAACACAUAAUCUCCCUAAAUAAUAUAUUAUCUCAUAACAUGCUGUACUCUUUUUGACUUUUAGUGAUAAUGUUAAUAAAACAUAUUCAUAGUUUUUUAUGGCUACCUUUCUUUAUGAUAAAUUUAUCACCUUAAUUUAUUAAGGAUAUUAAAUUAUUGGAUUAACAAAAUUGCAAUCUGUUAGAACUGAAAUUCUGUAACUAGUAUCUAGAACAAUUGAAUUAUAUAAUUAUAAAUUGAUGUUUCAAAUUUUAGUUUAGAUCAUGCAAUAGUUUAAUUUAUAAAACUUGUUGUGUCAAUUUGAAAAAGAAUUGACUAAAUAACAAACUAUAUCAAAUUAUUUAUUGAUAUUACUUUCAAGUGAUUUAGAUAUUAUAGGUAUUGAAUUAGAGGGAAAUCUCUCUUAACAACUAGUUAAUAAAGUUAAAAGUACUUUUAAAAAAUCAAUCAAAAAAUAUAAAAAAAAAUUAAAACUUAAAAAGGACCUAUUAGAAUCAUUUUAAUAAGUCACUUAACAUAAUGAAAUGAUUAUGUGCUUGUUUUUCAACAAUUUUUUAAAUCUUUACUAUAUGACAGUCUAAUGGAAUCAUGAUUAAUUUGUGUAAUUAUUUAAUGAUAUUAUCAAUCUAGUUAAAAAUAUAGUUUGCCCAAAGAAAUUCAUUAUGCUGACCCUAUAUACAAAAUAUUUGAUAAGAACCCAAUAAUUAUUUAAAAAGUAAAAGAAAUUAUAGAUUCUUAAAAAGAUCAUUUGGAAUUUAAUGAUGGAUUUUUUAAAUUCUCAUUAAAGAUAGAAAGAGGAUUUAAAAAAUAAAUCAAAUAAAUUUCUAUAUUUUUAUUUAAUAUUUAAGUUAAAAGGUAAAACAAUUAUAUAUACUAUAGACCUCUUGCAGAAUUAUUUAGGAUAUUUAGAAACAAAGUGAAAAUUUUACUUACAAUAAGAAAGGCAACUUUAGCCUUUAAAUCCAAAUAACUUAUGUUGGAAAAUUAAUUUCUGAGAUAAUCAGCUUUAGUUAUGUAUCUUCCAGAUUAAGACAGAAGAAGAAUAACACAAACUGCUAAUUAAGAUCAUGAUUAAGAUUUGGAGAAAUAUAGAAAUUACACAAUGAAAUAAGCAACAAAAAAAAUAUAAUCAUUUUUGAAUAAAUAUGAUGAAGAAGAUGUAAAAAAUCCUGAACUUAGAAGAAUUGCAGUUGAUCCAAAUUUAUAGUAAAAAUUACUCGAUUACGAGUUUAAUCUUCUUAAUAAAAAAAUGUAUAAAAAUAAAUAUAUUAUUGCUUUUAAUCUAUUUUAAAUGUGCGAAUAUACAAAAUAGUUUCCAUUACUUAAUAAAGAAUUUAUUAAUUUUAUGACAGUUUUGAAAUAUAAGUACAAUAAAAAGUCAAAUCCAUUUCAUAAUUUUACUCAUGGUGUUAAUGUUAUGCACGGUUGUUUUUUAUUUGGUCAUCAUUAAAAAUUUGGUUCAUAUUUUUCAGAUUUACAAAGAUAUGCUAUGACUUUUGCUGGAUUGUGUCAUGAUGUAGAUCAUUCUGGAACAACAAACUUAUUUUAAGUGAAUGCUUAAACUAAAUUAGCAUUAUUAUAUAAUGAUAAAUCGGUACUUGAAAAUCAUCAUGUUGCAGUAACAUAUAAAAUUUUAGCUCAAAAAUCAUGUGAUUUUUUUGGUUAAAUACCAAAAACAGAUAGAAUUACUAUAAGAAAAUAUGUUGUAAAUAAUAUUUUAGCAACAGAUAAUCAAUACCAUUUUAAUCUGUUAAAUGAUAUAGAGAUUAGAUUUGGAUAAUCUAAAGGAGAUAUUAAAAUAUUUGGUAUUUUACAUAAUAAUUAUUAAAUUUAGAAACUGAAGAAAAUAAACUCUUGUUAAGUGGAUUCUUGACACAUGCAGCAGAUUUCUUUGGAGCAGCCAAAUAAUAUCAAGUAGCAAGAGCAUGGAGUGAAAGAUUAAGAAAAGAAUUUUAAGCUUAAGUAACUUUAUUUAAAUUAUAUUAUUUAGUCUCAAUUAGAAGAUAUUAUUGGUAUUGCUUAAACUCCAUAUUUAAGAAAUUUAGACAAUGAAGUUUAAUAUGCUAAAAAUGAAGCAGGUUUUUUAAAAGUUAUUGUUAAACCAAUUUAUGAGUCAUUAAACAAUUAUUCUGAUGGAGCUUUGUAGCUAUAAGUAGCUAAUAUCAACUUAAGCAUUAAAAAAUAUGAAGAGAUUAUUGAAUCAGCUAAUCAAUGA